AGGGUGUAUGUAUGGAUGUAUCAAAACUUGAAAUUCCACUUUGGUGUGACAGCAGGACACUGCCAAGGAAUAAGCUUCCAAUAUGGCUUUUGCUCCAUAACAUUCAGGACCCAAUGAACUUUGGUGCUAUACUUAGAUCUGCUUAUUACCUGGGCUGUGAUAGUGUUGUUGUGCCAGGAUCUGACAGUUGCAAAUUGAGUCCAGUGGUAAGCAAAGCUAGUGCAGGUGCUAUGGAAGUGGUGGACCUGAUGAGGUUAUCAAAAAACUCAACAGAAACAGAUUUAUGUCAAUGGUGGAAGCAGCAGGGUGGUGAAGUAGUUGGAACUGGCAGAGGUGGCAACAAGACAUGCACACUGGAGACGUUUAAAAUGAGGAGGCCAACUCUACUUGUUUUAGGAAAUGAAGGAACAGGAAUAGGUAGGGAGCUAGAAGACUGUUGUGAUACCUGUCUGUUUAUACCCCAAUCAGGAGAAAGUAUAGAUUCACUAAAUGUUUCAGUAGCCACCGGUAUUAUUCUUCAUUGGAUAAAAACAUCAAGGACAUCAGAUGUUUUACAGACUUAAAUUUUUCUUGCACUCUUAAAAAACAUUCAACAACAGUAAUUUAAAGGUAUGAGAUUUUUGUGUUGAAAUAAUUCAAAUUGGACUAUUUUACAUCAGCAGUUGAAAUUCAUGCAAAAAGCUAAUUAUUAAUUAGUGAUAAACUGUUGUUCCAAACAAUUUCCUCAUUUUAUUCAAAUGGGACUGCUACCUGUUUUUAAACCCACUGCCAAUUAAAAGAUCUAUGCCACAUGUAAUUGUCUUAAUGGAAAUAUAU